AUGUUGCACCGUUUCACUGUCGCCAUGGCGUUGCUCGCCGCCUCUGCCGCCGCCAAGGAUUUGGUUCGGAUCAGCAUUCAGCCUGCCUACCACGCCAUUCCCAUCUGGGCUGCCAAGAAGUACGGAUGGUUUGAGGAACUCGGCAUUGAGGUCGAACUUUCGGUGUGGGCUUCUGGUGCCCCUCAGGUCAAGGCCGCUGUGGAGGAGAAGGCCUGGGAUUUUGGAAUUGCCGGAUCUGUGCCCAAUGUGAUUGCUGGCCAGCAGGUCAUUGGUGAACCUGGUGUGGAAGAGUGGCCUCCCAAGACACUCACUCCCACCAUCUUUGCGGGAACCCCCAAGUCCACGGGAGAACUCCUCUUGCGCAAGUGCUUGGUCGCUGCCAACUUGACCUUUGACGACGAACACAUUUUGUUUGACCAGCAAGGACCUAUCAUGGAAAAGUUGCCUCAGUCGGGGGAUCCCCAGUAUGCCUGUCUUUGGGCCCCCAACACGUACACAUACCGUGAAGCCUACCCCAAAGCCAAAGUCUUUUGCUCUGGCCGCAACAUCGACUUUCCCAUCUACGGAGGUCUCAUGAUGCGUCAGGAAUGGGCUGAAGGCAACAUGGACCUGGCCAAGCGUGUCCUUGCUGCCUACCUUCGUGGAGUCUCCUUUAUGCAAAAUGCUGAAUUGAUUGACGAAGUCAUUAUCGUUUCGGACGAAUACCACAAAUGGUCCGGAGACGGCAUUUCCGAAAAUGCCAUUAAAGAAGAUUUGAUCCUUCGUCCUCUCUUUAAUCUGGACCAACAGCUCGAUCACUUGGACCGAAACUUUGCCAACGAGUACAUUUCCGAUGCCGACCGUCAUUACAUUGAAUUGGAAGAGUUCCUUUUCAAGCAAGGAGUCAUUCAGAAAAAGUUUGAACCACGCGAAUACGUUGUCCGGGAAUUCAUGGAACUCGUCAGCAAGGACCCCGCCCUUCGUGCCUUUUCCUACUUCAGUGCCGGCGACUUUGAAAACAAUGCCCCCAAGGGCAGCAGCUCUUCUUCGGAAAGCAACAAGGUCGAUGGAGCGCUCAUUGCCGGAAUUGUCUUGUGCGUCGUGGGUGUCUUCUUCCUCGCUUUCGCCUUUGUCGUCAUGAAGCAAAAGCAGACUCCCAUCAUGGUCGACAAGACCGACACACAGGGAGAAUUCAACUCGGCCUAA